UAUUUUUAUUGGCCAGUGCUGGUCUAGACUUGAGAAAUAAUUCAGAUAAUGAAAUAUCACUGCUUUUAACACAGAGAAACAUGUUUCCCCACUCACCUCCCCUACAGAUGACAGUUUUUAUCCGGGUCUAAAAAAUAAGAUUGACCACACACACACACACACACACACACACACACACACCCUCCUUUCCCAGCUGGCUUCACUGGGGCGGGGGAGAGGGGAUGCGGCUGGAUGGGAAUCACUGAAUUAAUUCUUCCUCCUACCCUAAGACACACCAGGACUUGCACUGAGGGCCUGGGCCUGGGGCCACAUUCACCCACCUCAGAAGAAGUAUGGGCCAGGUCAGGGCUCUUUGCAAAGUAUGGGCUGGUUCUGGCAACCCUACCGCUCCCCUUCGCGUUCUGCUCUGGAGCCUGGCCAAUGCACAGAAACUUUCCGGCUCUCUCCGCCUCGCUAUUUUCCGGAGGGCCUGGGACAGAGGUCUAAAUGAACCACCCGCACGGCCCGUCCGUGGGUCCGUGGCAAAUGCCGGCUGUGAUGUAUCUGUGAGUCUCUCAGUCUCUGUCUGUCUGUCUCUGUCUGGAUAGCUGCGGAAUCACCCUUUAAGCCUGCCCCAGGAGUGCUCCUCUGAGCCCCUAGGGACCUGCUCGGGUCCGGCCGGCUGCGGUUGUACUCUCCUUCCGCUGAGCUUUGUUUCCCUGCCUCGCUGGAAGGGAAAGGGCCAGGGCAAGGAAACGCCUGCGAUCUCCAGGCCCUGCCCCUUUCUGCAGCGACCCUCCCUCCUUCAUUCACUUCUUAGGCUCCUCCUGGAGCCUCGGCAGAGGUGGAGAGGCUGGAUUCUGGAGGAAAACGCCUUCAAGUCUUUCUCCCGGCUGCUCGGCUCUCAGAAAUCCCGGUCCCUGCGUGGACUUCCGCUCUGGACUUUGCAGUCGGGGAGCAAGGACUUGGGAGAGAGCCUUAGCUUUUUGGGGCGAGAGCGCUGAGCUCAGGGUACACUAAAUAAGAGGACACGGACCAAGGACACCACCAUUCACUCCCCUUCCCUCCCUCGGACCCCCCUCCCCCCACGGGAGAGGUGGAAGGGAGGGUUUGCGGUGCUUUGGCUGAGAGAUUAGCGCCCAAAGACGCUGUUACUGCUCCUGCUCCCAAAGAGCCUUUCAAUAAUCUCUUCCAGUCUGCUUCUGCUGCAGAAGUUAGUACCUGCCCCAGUGAAGCUAAAAUCCCGCUGGGUGUAAAUCUGUGGUUUUUGUGUGGGAGUGUGCGCAGUGUGGAGUGUGGGAGCGUGUGUAGAGUGUGCACAGGCACAAGCCAACGCCUGGCUGUACACAUGCCCUGGUCCUCAACAGCCACUCAGUCUUUAGGGUAUUGGGAAACAGUAUGGCUAGGUUUACACUUGCUUACAGUGGGGCAGGGAGGACAUCUGUGGACUGUUGCCCCAGACCUUCUUCGCCAGUUUCCUCCUGUCCUUCCAGCCUUGUAGAAGAGAACUGGACCAGAGUUUCUAACAGUUGAGAUCAACUACUGGCAAGUCUACUGUCUCCCUUCUCUGUGUCCAACACUUCCCCAGUCUUGCCAUUGUAAACUUUUCUUUUUAAAUCACAUUUCCAACUCUAAGACAAAGCUUCCUUUAGAUACCUACUUACCACUGUCUUAUUUUAAAAUCUUCCCCAUCUUGCUUUCUCCAACCACAUCUAUUUACUAUUUACCAAUCCAUCUGUAUAUAUAAUGCUUCCACUUCCUGGAGCACUGUAGUUUGGGGCCUAACUGAUUUUGGUAAUUAAUUUGUGCUACCUGCUAGAUCAGAUGGAAAUCCUACCCCUUACCCACAGAUUAGCACUUGGCUUUCUAAUACCUCCUCUAAUUAUCUAAUAGCAUGGGUUGUGAGGACUCAGUCUCUAUUAAAACACUUUUGCUAUUAGCGGUAGUGAUUGGAAUUGUGAUGACGACUAGAUUUCGACAAAUUAGAGCUUAAAAAUUGGGAGAUGGAAGAGAAGUGGCUUCUUUUAAUUUCCCUGAGUUUAACAUCAAUAAUUAGAGCAAUUUUCAGAAAUGCAAGCCAAAAUUACCUCUGCUGUAUUGUAGAUGAUCACCUUAAUUUCAGCAAAUUGACUCCAAGGGAAUAAAUGUGACAGAUUAGAAAAAGACAAACAGGAAAAGGAAAAAAGAAACAAAAGAUUGGAAGGGGAAAAAUGAAAGGAAAGAGGCUGGGAAAAGGAACAGGAGACAAAUCCUAGUACAAUUAUUUAGGGAGCUAGGAAUGGAAGGAGUGACAGAGCAGGUAUAGUAAACCACGUGAAUGAAAUGAGGAGUGAGAAAUGGACAUUGGAAGGAGCACGGAGGAUAGUGCUAAGGUGGCUGUGGAUAUAUUUAAAUGACUAAAUUACUUGACUGAUGUAGAUAUAAAUCUCCUCCUACCCACUCCUUGUGACAGGCAAAGAAUGUUAUGAUCAUCAUCGGUUUGUAAAUUUUACUUCAAGAAUCCAGCAAUCCCUUCCAUCAAUUUAAGCCAACUUUAGCUAUUUAAAGUAGUAGUGGGCACUCUUUCUAUUCACUUUCUCACCUCCUUUUGCUAUCAGUUAUUGAAACUCUUAAAAACAUAGGCCCAAACGCCUGAAUAAGUGUUUUCUCCCUAUUGCUUUGAGGCCUUGUUUAGUGUCUUCUAAAAAGGAGUUUGUUGGACAACAGACACUUUCCCCAAUUAGCUUCCUUUUAAAACAACUGGGAACAAAGCAGCUCUUGCAGUGGAGGGGCAGAAACUAAGGUCUAGCAGCCUGGUAGCAAUCCGAACCCAGUCUGCUACGCUCUCCCCAGGCUUGGCCAGGAACCUUCAGCACCGCGGACAGAUCCCGCCCAGAGCCCACCGCACCCUCCCCCCUCUGCCUCUGGCAGCCUCGCCAUUGGCUCUCCCGGCUCCCCUCUCGAAGCUGCCAAUUCUCUAACAUGUAGACCCAACCUACCCAGAAGCUUGUCUUCUUGCCUCUCCAGCGCCCGGGAUAGCCCAGGCCGCGGAGAGAGCAGUGGCGAUCUGAGCCUCUGAGAGUGGUUGUCGGCUCUCAACCAGGCUUGCUGAACACGCUGCCCGCUUUCUACACUUCGUUCCAGCCCGCGUCCUGUGGCAGGCGCUCAAGAUGAAUCUCAACUUCACCUCCCCUCUACAUCCGGCCUCUUCUCAGAGGCCCACAUCUUUCUUCAUCGAGGACAUCCUGCUGCACAAGCCCAAGCCGCUGAGGGAGGUGGCCCCCGACCAUUUCGCUAGCUCUCUGGCCUCUCGGGUGCCUCUACUAGACUAUGGCUACCCACUCAUGCCCACACCCACCCUCCUGGCUCCUCACGCCCAUCACCCUCUGCAUAAAGGAGACCACCACCACCCUUAUUUUCUCACCACCUCCGGAGUGCCGGUGCCCGCGCUGUUCCCACACCCCCAGCACGCGGAGCUGCCGGGGAAGCACUGCCGCCGCCGCAAAGCUCGCACGGUGUUUUCUGACUCACAGCUCUCCGGCCUGGAGAAGAGGUUCGAGAUCCAGCGCUACCUGUCCACGCCUGAGCGGGUGGAGCUGGCCACCGCCCUCAGUCUGUCCGAGACGCAGGUGAAGACGUGGUUCCAGAACCGGCGGAUGAAGCAUAAAAAGCAACUGAGGAAAAGUCAAGACGAGCCCAAAGCUCCGGAAGGGCCCGAGAGCCCCGAGGGCAGUCCCCGCGCUCCCGAGGCCGCCGUCGCAGAGGCUCGGCUGAGCCUGCCCGCCGGCUCCUUCGUGCUGACCGAGCCAGAGGACGAGGUGGACAUCGGGGACGAGGGGGAGCUCAGCUCGGGGCCGCACGUGCUCUGAGUCUCCAGGUCGGGGAGGGGGUUGGGAGGGGAGGCCGCCGCCUCAGGCGCGGCUCUCCCGGGCCGGAAGACUCGGAUUCGGACCUCACUGCUCAGCUCCUGGAAGACAACAAGCUCCCCGACCUGUCAGCCCUCCAGCCGGCCUGGAGCCCCCGCGGCCGGCGGCUCGGCCUGGCGCGGGCCUCUCCCUGCUCCCGCCCGGUCCCUGCCCGGGGAGAGAGCGCGCCCGAGUCCACGCCGUCCUGCGCCGCGCGUCUCCCGCUGCGGGGGCGCCCAGAGCCGCGGCCUCUCGGAACCGGGAACCCGCGCGCUCUAACCCGGAGCGGUGGCGGUGGGGUGGGUUUCCUCCGCCACAAACGCAGAACCCCUCCUCCCUCCCAGCUCAGCCACCGGCCCGCAGCUCUGACGUGCGGGCUCUGCGGCUUCUCCACCCGGACCCUUUGCCCUUCCUAAAGCAGUUCAGUUGGUCGCCGGAAAUAGACCAGGAGUUCUCGGCCUUCGGCUCAGCGGGGAUGCAGUCGAGCCACAACCUGAUUGUCGAAAGGUCCCGGGCUUGCACGGACGCGCUGCUGGUCCCUGAUCUCCCGGGCCUCCGCACCGUCUCUCACUCAGAGGCCGAGGCGACUCCCUCCUCCGGAGGGCGCUUCCAUCCUCUCCGGCCCUGUCCUCUCCGGAGCUCGCAGAAGUGCUUCCUGGCACAGGUCCUGAGCGCGUGGCCCCGGGCGUAGAUGCCUUUUCGUCCUCCCUCCUCCGCACCGAGUGGCGCUCGCGCGCGGAGGGAAACUUGAGCAGAGAAAAAUCUGUAGAACAAUUUUCUGCUUCCUGAACUUGUUGCACUCCUGUCCCGCAACUCUUCCAUGUCCCACGGGCUACUGAUAUUUUGUAAGUGAGUGUUCCUCGGGUUGUGUGUGGAAGUGCUUAUGCUCAGUGCAUUUUAGGGAGUGCAGAGUUUUAGCAAGGUUAAAGCUAAGGACGAAAACGAUUCAUCAGCUUGACUGUUGAGGCUGACGGGGCUUCGGGCGCACACUUGUUUGGGACCAUUGAGGUAGGGCCAGGGUCGUAUUGCCCUGCGCCUUACCGCUCUUUUCCCCGUGGGACUCUAUUCUCUUACUGAGCUUGCAGACUCUUCAGAUAAUAAAGGGCUUUCCGGGCAAAACUGGGAGCGACCGACCGCGCGUUUCCGGGAACCGUUUGUUACCGCGUCCUCCUUCGCGUACCCCCUCCCCCAAUCUGCUAUUCCAGGCAGAGAUGAACUCGGCUUUCCUUAACAGAUUUCAUCUCCCAGACUCUGAUUUUUUUUUUUUCUGUUUUCAAUCGUUCGAUUAAUGGUUUUGAGUCCCACCUACGUGGAAAAGGUCCUAACAAAUGGUAUUUUUGUUGCUCGGAAAUGCUGGCAGGGAUCUGUUGAUAUUUGGAAUUUGAAAUUGUGUUAACAAAUUGUGAGACGACACUGCAUACUCAGUACACUUAUCAAAUAUAGCAACUGUACCCGAGGCGACCUCAGCUUCCGAUCUUCCUUUGGUUUCUGGUUGCGUCUUUAGGUAAGUGAGCCCAGGGAGGGAUGGAUGGAAACGUCACCUGUGAGUUCCAGUGAUAGAUAAGUGGUGUGAUCUGGGUUACAUUUAAUCUUCUUGUUUCCCUAUUUUCCCAAUAAGGGGAUAAAUCCUAAAAAUCCUUCUUGGUCUGAAUUCUAUGAUUCUAUGAAUGCAGCAGUGGGCUUUUUCUUUUCUUUUCUUAAACAAUAGACUUACUGAGAAAACAUUGCCUGAGGUAAAGAUAAG